AUGUCUCUCUCUCCAAACAACAAAUUUCAUUCCGAUACUGAUUUGCACAAAACCGAUUGUAGCGAAUUAAACACAAUUUCACGUAAGCGUAGGCAUCCGGCAUCAGAGUGGUCGGAAGCAAUAGCGGAGUUGUCAAGGGAAUUUAAGAACACGCUUAGUGAUUGGCGUCGAGAUUUGGAGAGUAGCGUUAAGGGGAUAGCGGAUAACGUAUUAAGUAUAAAGAGUGAUCUUGCUGCGCUUACUCAAGUCACUUCAGAGAUAAAGAAUGAUAUUCAGUACUUGCGUUCAGAGCAGUCGGUAAUGAAGCAACGCAUCACUGAAUUAGAUACUAAGUAUGAUGAUCUUGCGCGGGAGAUUGACGAUCUCAAGAAUUCUGUGCAGUUUCUUGGCAACGAUCAGUCCGAUUUAUCAAAGAAAGUGGGUGAAUGCAGUGAGCGCAUGCGGGAGUCAACUAACACUCAGCAUACUGUGGUGGAGUUGGUUUCAAAGAUCGACUAUCUGGAACAAACCGCUCGGAGUUGCAACAUAGAAAUAUGUAAUGUCCCUGAAAGGCGUAAUGAGGACCUGAUGUCCUUAAUGACAAAUAUUGGUACAUCUAUAAAAUUCUCCAUUAAGCCAAGUGACAUAAUAUCGGUAAAACGGGUUCCCCAUGCCGUGCAGAAUAAUAACAAACCCAAGAACAUUGUUGCCAAAUUUACCUCCUGUAUAUUAAGAGACAACAUUCUUAGCGCUAGUCGAUUGCAUAAGGGACUCAAUACGCAGCAGUGUGGAAUAUCAGGCACAUCGGUACCGAUCUAUAUGCACGAACAUCUCACAUUGAAGAGGAAAAAAUUGUUUCGUGAUUGCCGGGAAGCGGCAAGGAUACAUAAUUAUCGAUUUCUGUGGGUUAAGAAUGGAACCAUACUCGCUCGAGAAAGGGAAGGAGCCAAAUCCUUCGCUAUUAGAUCCUACCAGGAUAUCGCUAGGAUCAGAUCUGGCUCAGAAAUCAAACAGGUUGCUGCUGACCCAGCCAAUUGA